GGUCGACAUGAGCGUCGUCUCUCUGCUCACCCUUGCCUCCCUCCUCCUCGCAGCCUCCGGCCAGCAGCCCACCUUCUCCCGCACCUCCAACCGGGACGGGCGAUGCAUUUACUCCUUCACGGUGCCGAGUCCGGUGGAGACGAGCUGCUCCGAGCUCGGGGAGGCUGCGAACGCCGUGCGGGAGCUGCAGAGGGAGAGGGCUACCCAGCAGAGGGAGGUCGAGUCGCUGGGAGAGCGGGUACAGGUUCUGGAGCGCUGGAUGGCCGGGCGGGAGGAGGCGGGCGGCCACGAAGCCCGGAGCGAUGUCAGGAGGCUGCAGGUGGAGAAGUUGGACUUGCUGCGGAGGCUGGAACGCGCCGAGCGGGAGAACGCCCGGCUCCGGGACGGCCAGUGUCCCGGCCUGCGAGAGACUCCCCUGGAGUCCCAUCAGAUCGCCCGCGGGGGGAGGCAAGAUGUCUUCAAUUUAUCUUCCCGACAGAGAGCGCAGCCUAGCCGAGAAGCGUCCAGUUGGAGCUUUGAAAAUACCGAGUACCAAGAGCUGAAGUCGGAGAUCAUUACUGAGAUUCCAGCUUCCAAAAUGAUACAGCGGAGUGAAUCCGGCACCUCAAUCACAACGCAACAAAGCCCAGGUUGUGGAAUGUUGGAAUGGGUGGGAGAACCAGUUACAUUCCAAAAGGCUGACUCCAUUGCAGGCAGGUAUGGAGUUUGGAUGAAAGAUCCCGAGCCUGUGCCACCUCACAGCAGAGAGCACAUCUGGAGAAUCAACACCGUUGGCACUGACGUUCGGCGGCUCUAUGAGUACCAAGAUCUCGAUCAGUUCAUGAAAGGUUACACCAGCAAAGUUUAUAUGUUACCGGAACCAGUGGAAAGCACAGGGGGCACCGUUUACAGAGGAUCUUUGUACUACCAGAAACGGAGGUCAAGGAGCUUACUGAGAUUUGAAAUGAAAACAGAGACAAUUUUGGUUCAGAAGGACUUGCCCCACGCAGGCUACCGAGGAGCUUUUCCAUACUCCUGGGGCGGCUACACUGACAUAGACUUUGCUGUGGACGAGCUGGGUCUUUGGGUCACUUAUAGUACCAAUCAGGCUCAUGGAGCAAUUGUGAUCUCCAAACUGGACCCCAACACCCUGGAAGUCGAGCAGACCUGGACCACAGCUAUCCGCAAAAGAGCAGUCGCUAAUUCUUUCAUCAUCUGUGGAAUUCUCUACACGCUCAACAGUUAUUCCAUUCAAAAUGCCGUCAUCAAUUUUGCCUACAACACUAACACAAACAGCAGCAAGGCACUGGCCAUCCCAUUUGAGAAUCGCUACCGAUACAACAGCAUGGUUGAUUACAAUCCAGCAGAAAAGAAGAUUCUGGCUUGGGACAAUUUCAACAUGGUUAUGUAUGACAUUAAACUUUCCAAGAUUUGAAGGCUACAGAACAUCUCCUAUGGACAAAACAAUUGCAUUAUUUUCUCAAUUCUUUUGUAAACACAUGUAUAGAUUACGGCUAGUUUAAGCACAGCAGUGAGUUGUACACUAAUUUCAGAACAGAACAUAAAAUGGCAAAGUUAUUAAAAUAAUUAUUGGAACAAGACAUACUACAGAUGCUGGAAAUCUGGGUUCUGAUGCAAAGACACAGACCUGAAGUGUUAAGUUUCUCUCCUAAUAUGUUGCCAGAUGCGAGUUUUUCCAGCAUUUUCUGUUACAGUAUUGUUAAACCAAAGUUUGAACAGUUGUAAUACAAGUGAUUUUAAUUAAAACUACAGCUACAAAUAGACAGGUAAUACAUGCAAAAAUCUGUUCUCUAUUCUUGACCACAGUCUCACUAUAAACCAAUGGCAGCAAUUCAAUCUCAGCUUUUACUAAACGCAUUUGUAGAUGAAUAAAUAUCUUCUAGGUAUUUUCUUGACUGUCAAAAAUUAAGUGAAUAGGAAAUAAUGUGGAAGGACUCUAAAAUUAGCUCCAUUGGAAAUCAAUGGCAGACAUGAAAAUGUUUUUAAACUGUGGCAUCAAGGUGGAACAUGUUAAACUUAUGCAAGAGAAACAUUUAAAAAGUUACUUUUUUAAAAAAAUCAGAUAUUAGGGAAAGCAAGGUCAAGGGGUUUUCAUAAGACAAAAAAAGGAAGCACUCACACCUGUAUUUGCAUCACUAUUAGUGAUUCAAACUGGUAUGUUUGAAGUGAUCAGGAAAAACUGAAUGAAAUUUAUUGAGGAAGAAGUGCAUCAUGUAAUUUCACAGGUCUGAACAUCGACCACCAUGGCAAAACGCUCAACUUCAUAGUGCUGGAUUUCUUGUUUAAUUGUAAAAUAAAAGUUGAUAUUGGUACAAAUCUUUAUAUUCUUCCCUGUGCAAUUAAAAGUUGGCAUUAAUUCUAAUGUCAUUCACUCAACCAAAUAGCCAACAAGGUUAAAACACAGAAAUAAUAAUAUCGGAAAAGUGGUGGAGUGAUGAGUGAUGGAAGGUGAUAUGAUUAAAUGCCAUCUGGAUUAUUUUAGAAACUGCCCAAAUGGACAGGGAAAAUGUUGGAGGAAAAAUAAACCCAGCAAACUGGAAACCAAUAUUUAAACUUCUCUGGAGCAAUUUCUGGUGUGGGUGACCUACUAAUGUGCAGUGUCAGGGUGAUGG